AUGAGAUGUCAGAGAGUCCUCACCUACCUGCGGAUAUGUGGGACAACCAUGUUUGGCGUGUCACUCCUAGUGGGCAUCUCCACAGCCUACAUCAUGGGCUACCAGUUCUUCACCACAACCCGCAAUUACGUAUCUUUUGGGCUGUACGGCGCCAUUUUGGUCGUCCACCUCAUUAUACAGAGCCUCUUUGCGCUCUUAGAACAUCGGAACAUGCGGCGGUCCUUGGAGACGCCAAUCAAACUGAAUAAAUCCUUGGCGUUGUGCAUUGCGGCGUAUCAAGAGGACCCAAACUACUUGAGGAAAUGCCUGGUGUCGGUGAGGAGGCUGACGUACCCGGGGAUCAAAGUGAUCAUGGUGAUCGACGGGAACACAGACGAUGACUUGUACAUGAUGGAGAUUUUUAAAGAGAUCAUGGGAUGGGAAGCAUCGGCCACAUACGUGUGGCGGAGUAACUAUCACAGCAGAGGGCCCGAGGAGACGGAUGAAGGCUACGCCGAGAGCCUUCAGCAGGUCUCCAGGCUGGUGCUGAACAACAAGUGUGUGUGCAUCAUGCAGAAGUGGGGAGGAAAGCGAGAGGUCAUGUAUACAGCCUUCAAAGCACUAGGGAGGAGCAUGGACUAUGUGCAGGUGUGUGACUCUGACACUAUGUUGGAUCCAGCAUCAUCGGUGGAGAUGGUGAAGGUUCUGGAAGAAGACCCUAUGGUGGGAGGCGUUGGAGGAGAUGUGCAGAUCCUAAACAAGUAUGAGUCGUGGGUCUCCUUCCUGAGCAGUGUUCGGUAUUGGAUGGCCUUCAACAUUGAGCGGGCUUGCCAGUCCUACUUUGGUUGCGUGCAGUGCAUCAGUGGACCUUUAGGAAUGUAUCGAAAUUCGCUCCUGCACGAGUUCCUUGAGGACUGGUACAAUCAGACUUUCAUGGGAUCGCACUGCAGUUUUGGAGAUGACCGCCAUCUCACAAACAGAGUUCUAAGCCUCGGGUAUUCAACCAAAUAUACUGCUCGAUCAAAGUGUCUUACCGAGACGCCAAUCACAUACCUGCGGUGGCUCAAUCAACAGACUCGAUGGAGUAAGUCAUAUUUCAGAGAAUGGCUAUACAACUCAAUGUGGUUCCACAAACACCAUCUAUGGAUGACUUAUGAGGCUGUGAUCACAGGUUUCUUCCCGUUUUUCCUCAUAGCCACUGCUAUCCAACUCUUCUACCAAGGAAGGCUCUGGAAUAUUCUGUUGUUUCUGCUCAUUGUGCAGGCGGUGGCGUUGAUCAAGGCCUCAUUUGCCAGCUGCCUCAGAGGUAACAUUGUCAUGGUGUUCAUGUCGUUUUACUCUGUGCUGUACAUGUCAAGCCUGUUGCCAGCCAAAAUGUUUGCAAUAGCAACAAUCAACAAGUCUGGAUGGGGGACCUCUGGGAGGAAAACGGUGGUGACAAACUUCAUUGGUCUGAUUCCUAUAUCAGUUUGGUUCACCAUCCUCUUCAUUGGGAUUAUCUACACAGUUGUCCUUCAGACUAGAAAACCCUUUCCUGAAUCAGAGAAGAUUGUUCUGGUCAUAGGAGCAGUCGUCUAUGCCAGUUACUGGGUAAUACUGUUAACGUUGUAUACAGUGCUCAUAAACAAGUGUGGGAAGAGGAAGAAGGAAACAGACUACGAUAUGGUACUGGAUGUAUGACUAGCAGUCAUCAUUUACCACUGAACUCUCUGCGACUCUCUUUCACUCAUAUCCAUGAUGUUGUGAUACAAAUGUUUUUCAGAUGCGGAGCAGCUCUGGAGGCAAAAUUGGUUAAAGUUCAACCAAAAUGGGCAAAGAACCAUGUUUUCUUUCAAACUUGAAUGGAAAAAUGUAUAAUAAUACAUUUGGCAGUGGUGUUUUUCAUGUUCAUUUAUUUACCACAGCAUUAAUGACCUUGGAACAGCAUGCUAGCUUACCUAGAUUUCUUUUUAAAUCUAACAUGUUUAGCUGAAGAUCAGCUACUGUAAACUAACUAGCUAUACUUGAAUACUCAGUAUGUCAAGAUUAAAUAUAUUGCAGUUGGCAGCAAGAGUGAUAGGUUUUGUAAUGUUAGCUACCUCUUACCCCUGAAUUCCGCCAGGUGCAUCUGUGCAGCGUUCCGGUGGCACCGUGGCUGCCGACUGCAAUUGCGGUCACUCAAGCAAAUGCUUGUAAUUCCACCAGCUGCGAUGCAGCCCAUCCCAGAAGCAUCCAAGAACGGCUCUUCGCUCUGCUCUGCUUAAAAUACGCAGCAGGUCUAUUAUUGACAGUGCCAUAAGGCAUUCAACAGGCCAGGCAGGAAGUUGAAAGACUAGAGCAUUUAACAACUAAAACACAGACACAAAUCUUUGAUCUGUCAUUCAUAAUAUGACUAAAUGGUUCUUUUACGGUAGAAGCCCAAAUAUGAAGGAAAAAUGACCAAAACAACAGAAUCUGCAAGUCGGAAAGGCAAAAUUCUGAGCAGCUCCCGGUGUGGGAGAAGAUGGAACAAAACCACUGCACAGCCUAGAAUGUGGCACAUCUGCACCUGGUGGAAUUUUGGGGUGACCCAUGUCAUUUUCACUGGGCUUCAGUAUAACAUUUGCAACUUAGCCAAAGAAACUGUAAAUUGUAUCUCCAUCCAUUGGGGUUAAACUUGACCAGUAAGAUUAUUUUACCUCCAGAGCAUCACUGUUUCUCCAGGAAAUGUUUGUACACCCUGACUAGGAACAACACCACAUAGCUUCAAGUUGAAGUCAAACGGAAACCAUCAGUGCCCUGCUGUGCCAGCCUGUCUCCAUUGUCAAUGAUUACAUUGUUAACUCUAAAAGAGAGGCUACUGCCUAUCUAGUUAGUGUAAUCAUAAUCUGUAUCUGGAUGGUUUGUGUGGAUUUGAUGAAAAGGUGAGGUUAGCCACGUUACCAUUUGAAAAAAACAGAACAAUCAACAAGAAGUUAUACUGAAGUUAUAUCUGUUUAAAGAUGUAAUGCCACAACUUCAACGUUCUUACUGUAGCUCUGGGGACAAUGUAUUGGUGUAUUGUUUUACAACAGACCGUCUUCACACAGUAAACAACCAUAUAGGUCAAUUUUGCUAGAAGCCUAUAACGACCCAUAUUUAGGUUUGUUCUUAGGCAACCCCUAGUGGCAGUAAGGUGACAAAGUAAAAGUCAGCAUAAGGAGGCAGUUUGGUAUGGUGGAUGGGUCAAUAAAAACAAAGGACAAACCAAAAGUCUGUCACUUUUUAAAUUUAACGAACCUUAACAAACUUAAGUCUGUUAUAAUGUAACUUCCAUGACGUAGUCACGUCCUCAUUUUAAGAGUUUUCACUCAAAUCGUUUUAAGAUAAUCCCUGAUGUUUUUCUAAUCCUAUGGAACGGUCAUAUAUGUCUCAUAUAUAUGAUUGUUGUUAAGAAAAGAAGAGCUACAGUUUCAAUUUAAUAAGAGUGAAAGGGCGCAGAAAGGGCUUUAAAAUGAAAAGCUGCUCUCUUUCUUUUGUUGCACUCAUGUCAUAUGGGAAAGAUAGAGUUCACACAUUAUAAAUGUAGUCAUCUGUUUCUACAGAAGACAUUUUUUCAUUCAAUUCAUAACUGCAACUCCUACAUUUCAAUUCACUGCUAUUAGAUACAGGUUGUGUUUGUGAUUGACAUUACACUUUUUGUUUUGCUGUUUAAAAGGAAAUACAUCAGUCACUGUGGUGCAUGUCUGUUAAAUGUGAAAAAUUGCAUCAUCCAUCCAACAUCCAUAAAAGUAUCCAAUCAUGCUAUUACAGUAAGAAGCUGCAAAAAUUAUUCAAACGUCCUGUUGUUAUUCCCAUAUGACGUGAAUGCAGUAUUUUUCUUAAUGUUUACAAAGUGAAGAAUCUCAAAAUGAUUACUGAUUGGUAGAUAUAAUAUCUACCAAUCAGGUGACCAGGUGAACAUGUGACCAGAAGAGAGAAGGUGUAUCGUUGCUGCUGAGACUGUUUUCUUUUUACAGAAAUAAUUACUUUUGUUUUUCUUUUCUUUUUUAUAUAAAUGAUAAGUCUAUGUUGCAAAAUGGUUUUAACAAUCAUUAUUGUUAAUGUAUUUCUUUCUACCAAGUUGAAUGAUGAGCACCAUGUAGACAAGGUGGACAUGUUCCAAUCCAAAGAUUAGGUGAUUUUUUUUGCCUUCCAUGUGUCCUUGCUAUCUUCCUUUCUUCACAUACUGUAUUGAGAUAGCUCCAUCCCUCUGGUUCCUUGCAUUGUGUUGAACAAACUGCAAGGAAAAAAAGAAAAUGUGUGAAGAAUACAUUAAUGCACCAAAUGGGAGAAAAGUACUACCUGAUAACAGGACUGUGAAUAACUUGAUUGAAGGGAACAUAAUUUUGGAAUGAAACGAGUCCAGUGUUUGCCAGGACCAGGAGCAGACACGAGUUUAAUUCUUAUGCACUUUUAUGUCUCUCCAAUCCUCCAGCAUGAUGCUUGACGUAAUCAAAAUGAAAUACCUCAGUGGUUCUCGUUGCAUUGCAUCAAGGCAUUAGGAUGCCGUCCAAAGACUGAUGCAUGCUGAAGGUCUCAAGUAAUUUAUAAUGUUUGUGGCGUUAAGUAUAAAAGUGUCCUUUUUUAUACACAGUUCUUUAUUAUGUCAAAGCUGGAUUUCUCUGCCUUGUCGGCCCUUUGCUGUAGCCGUUUACUUCUUAUUACUUUUUAAUUUCAAUGCAUUUUAUAUACAGACAUUUUUAUUCUAUUUUUGCUUAGCUAUCAUCAUGUUUUUAUAAGAAAAAUGGAAAAUAGAAAAAUAUAUUUGUUGUGCUUUCAACUGUUCUGACAUUGACUUGUUUAUCUGACCAAACAAUGUGAAAAUACGAACUGGGGGGUUUGUCUGCAAUAACAACAAUAAAAAUGCAACUUGUAGAGAUAAGUUAUUAAUUUGAAGAGAGGUGAUGAACCUGUGUUUUUGUACUUAACUAGAAAACCGCACAUUUAUGUAAGAUAAUUUUGUGGUUUAUAGGAUGUUGUAAUUAGUAAGAUAUCCGCCACGUACAUUUAAGAGUCCACACUGCAUAAACAAUAAAUAAGUUUUAGACAUAAUGUUUAACAUAUAUGUGGACAUAAUUGCUAGGCUUCACAUUUUUUGCAGUGUUUACACAAACCUAUUUUUAGAUUUUAAUACAACGGACAAUAAAGCCAAAGCAGACUAAAAACUUAAUCCAAACGAUUUGCACAAAAAUGUAAUUAUCUGCAAAUGAUAUGUUCUAGUUGUGAGGGGCCUGAUAACAAAAGAAAAACCAAGUGUCAUUUUUAUACACUUUUAAGGAGAGGUUUUAUUCCGAGGUUUAAUUAAUGAGACCAACAAUGGAACCAUGAGGAUGUUUUCAUGCCAAACUAGUCAUGGGCAGUGUUAUCGUAAAGCACUUUUGUGUUGUGCCAAAUAAAAACAAGUAUUGUUUAUA